GCUCGCUGCGGGAGCUCCCCUCCAUUUGCACCCACGCCGACUCUAUUGCGACGGGGACUACGCUUCUCCCAGGACCCCGGCUCCCUUUUCCGUUAACCUGGUGGUCGUUUUCCGUGUGUUGCUGAGAGAUGGAUGUUAAAAAUCAAGGCCAGGACUACAGUAAAGCUGAAAUCAUUGAAGUCCUUGGAGCAGAACUGAAAGAGUUCUGCAAGUGAAGGCCCCCUGAAGUGGAAGACAGCAUUGGUACUAAUGGCCAGCUCAAGUUUCAUUGGGGAUCGUGUCCAUGGAGCUCCUCAUGCUGUCAUGCCAGAAGUGGAAUUCCCUGACCAGUUCUUUACAGUUCUAACCAUGGACCAUGAACUGGUGACACUCAGGGAUGUGGUCAUCAACUUCUCUCAGGAGGAAUGGGAAUAUCUGGAUUCUGCUCAGAGGAACUUGUACUGGGAUGUGAUGAUGGAGAACUACAGCAACUUACUCUCACUGGAUUUGGAGUCCAGGAGUGAGACUAAGCAUUUAUCUGUAGGAAAAGACAUUAUUAAAAACACUGGUUCUCAGUGGGAGGUAAUGGAAAGUAGCAAGUUACGUGGCCUUGAAAGUUCCAUUUGCAGAAAUGACUGGCAAAGCAAAAGCAAGAUUGAAGUACAAGGAUCUGAAGUGGGAUAUUUCAGUCAAAUGAAAAUCACCUCUGAAAAUGUACCCACUUACAAAACUCAUGAAUCUCUUACGUUACCUCAGAGAACUCAUGACAGUGAGAAGCCCUAUGAAUACAAGGAAUAUGAGAAGGUCUUCAGUUGUGACUUAGAGUUUGCUGAAUAUCAGAAAAUACAUACUAGUGGAAAAAACUAUGCAUGCAAUCAAUGUUGGAAAACCUUUGGGAUAGACAACUCCAAUAUGUUACAACUGAAUAUUCAUACUGGUGUGAAACCUUGUAAAUAUAUGGAAUAUGGGAAUACAUGUAGUUUUUAUAAAGACCUUAAUGUAUGCCAGAAAAUUGAUAAUGAGAAGUUCUACAAAUGUAAGGAAUACAGAAGGACCUUUGGAAGAGUUGAAGAAGUUACUCCACUUCAAAGAGUUCAUGACGGUGAGAAACACUUCGAAUGCUCAUUCUGUGGGAAAUCCUUUAGAGUGCAUGCCCAACUUACUCGACAUCAGAAAAUCCAUACUGAUGAGAAAACUUACAAAUGUAUGGAAUGUAGCAAGGACUUCAGAUUUCUUUCACAGCUUACCGAACAUCAGAGAAUUCAUACUGGUGAGAAGCCCUACAAAUGUAUGCACUGUGAGAAGGUUUUUAGAAUUAGUUCACAGCUCAUUGAACAUCAGAGAAUUCAUACUGGUGAGAAACCUUAUGCAUGUAAGGAAUGUGGAAAGGCUUUUGGAGUAUGUAGAGAACUUGCUCGUCAUCAGAGAAUUCAUACUGGUAAGAAACCCUAUGAAUGCAAAGCAUGUGGAAAGGUCUUUAGAAACAGUUCAUCCCUGACUAGACAUCAGAGGAUUCAUACUGGUGAAAAACCCUAUAAAUGUAAAGAAUGUGAGAAAGCAUUUGGAGUAGGUAGUGAACUUACUCGACAUGAAAGAAUUCACAGUGGUCAAAAGCCUUAUGAAUGUAAGGAGUGUGGAAAGUUCUUUAGACUUACGUCAGCCCUUAUUCAACAUCAAAGAAUUCAUAGUGGUGAGAAACCUUAUGAAUGUAAGGUAUGUAGGAAGGCCUUUAGACAUAGUUCAGCCCUUACAGAACAUCAGAGAAUUCAUACUGGAGAAAAACCCUACGAAUGCAAGGCAUGUGGGAAGGCCUUUAGACAUAGUUCAUCCUUUACCAAACAUCAGCGCAUUCAUACUGGUGAUAAACCCUAUGAAUGUAAGGAAUGUGGGAAUUCCUUUAGUGUUGUUGGGCAUCUUACGUGCCAACCAAAAAUUUACACUGGUGAGAAAUCAUUUGACUGAAAUAAAUGUAUAAAGUGGUUUUUUAUUUCCGAUUUUCACAGGAAAAAACUAUGGAUGGAUUUAAUGGGUAAUCAAGGCAAUUCAGUAU